AUGCUGAAACAUCCAUGGCCUGGCUUUGGCGCCCCGGACGUGGAGCUGCGAAGUCACUCGGCGACUUCUAUCCGCUGGGUUUCGUCAGCACGCGCUCGACCGAAUGCUGUUCACAAGCACCGGCGGCAUCACGGGCGCUUCGAGCUGUGCUGCCUGAUGAUCGUCUACGUAGACGAUUUCCUUGUCACCUGCGCCCAGAACUACGACAAGAAGGAGCUCGGCGACCUUUUCGAGUGGGGCAGCCAAAAGGAGCUCUCGCUUUCAGAUCCGUUGGACUUCAAAGGCAAGGGGUUCACACUGCAGAAGAAGGGCAAGGACCUCGUCCUGAAGGUCACCCAGAGCAAGUUCCUCAAGAACACACCUUCGCCCAACACCAAGAUCCUUCGUGGGCGCCAAGAAGAACCACUCACCGCUCAGGUGGCCGCAUGGGUUGGCCUUGCUAACCGUGGGAGCGAGAACACCACCAAGGAGCUGUCCUUGCUCUAUGAGGCCCUGAACUACGCGCUCGACACACCCGACCAGGGCCUGACUUUCGGCAAUGUCGCGAUCGUGCCGACAGCUCAUGGGCAAACGCCGAGCACGGCCCCUCAGUGCACGGAGACCGUCACCGCUGACAACGUGAUGGCGAUCACACAGAUCAGCCCGAGUGUGCAGGAGCACACUUGCCGCAGAGGCAUGCUCAUGCGAUGA